UGGCGGUGAUACAUAAGCAGCCGUGGAUCGACAGCAUAGAGUAAGAUAGAGAGGUCGCGUCGCGGUGAAGCAAUGUCGGACGCGUACAAGAAGGUGAAGGCGGGGAGGCUCGUCUUCAAGGGCGGCGACGCCGCCACCCUCGACAAGAAGAGAAAGAAGAAGAAGAAGACGACCGAGUCGGCGUCGGCGGCGGCGGAGGAGGACGAGAACAGCAACCCCUCCGGCGAGGGGGCGGCGGCGGCAGCGGGGGACGGGGGGGAGGUGUACACGAUCGACGCGGCGAAGCGGAUGAAGUACGAGGAUCUCUUCCCCGUGGAGACCAAGAAGUUCGGCUACGACCCCGCCAACAAGUCCCGCACCGCCGCCCGAUCCGUCGAGGAGGCCCUCGACGAUCGGGUCAAGAAGAAGGCCGAUCGCUACUGCAAGUGACGGAUCCGAAGAUUAUUGUGUAUGUUUCUUAUGCUGAUUUUGGGAGCAUCGGCAUGGUGGUUACUACUUGUUAGAAAGAGCUGUACCCAAAAGUUAGAUGGAUAGUUAGCCAUAUUCAAGUCUGUAAAGAGAGCAAGUAGUAGUCAUUACACAUGGUAUGCUACUAGCUUAUUUCACGUUCUGUAAAAUGUAUCUUGAGUUUCUGAUGCAUUAUUGAUGAUAAAUCCUUGCUACAUUUAUAUAGUUCAUGAGUUUAAUGCAAGAAAUUAAACUCCUAUCUCUUUCCUA